AUGGUAUGCACUGGAGGUAAUCUCGGCCAGAACAGAGGCAACACCUGCGUCUCAAUCUCACCAUUCUUUCCAUGUCGUUAUUGCGGUAUGAUGAAGCCAACCGCCGCCAACAGCCCCCAGGCUCCCGUCGGUCCGGCCACCAACACCACCUACUGGCCGACUAACCAGUCUUACGGUGCUGUGCCGUAUCAAUCGGUUGCCGUUCCAGGUGUGGCCAGUGGGUAUGCUCCCCCCCAGAACAACAAUUCGACUUUCCAGGCGAGUAACACGGUGUCCUCCGCCCAGCACACCUAUCCCUGUGCUGGAGAUGCAACUGGCAAGAACUUUGGGGACGGCUGCCGCAUUGGUGGCCCGCCCGGUUCUCCCUACUGCGUCUACUGCCUUUGCAAGCCGUUUAUCCCGGGGCAACCCUACUAUACCGCUCCGGAAAUCGCGAAGGCGCACGGUUUGACUCCGCACUGGAACGCAGGUGCCCGCAUCGGAUCCCAGUACUGUUGCGGCUCCAACACUGGCCAAAACUUUGGCAACUUUUGCCAUCCCACCGUUGCUGGCGGAUAA